AUGUCCGACGAUGAUGAUUUCAUGCAAGAUUCGGAGCAGGAAGACUAUGACUUCGAAUACGAAGACGACGACGAAGAGCAGGGCGGUGAUGUCGACAUCGAAAACAAGUACUACAACGCCAAGCAGAUGAAAGUAGACAACCCGGAAGAUGCUAUCGAUGAGUUCCUAGGAGUACCUGCGCUCGAGCCUGAGAAGGGCGACUGGGGUUUCAAAGGGUUGAAGCAAGCCAUCAAGCUCGAAUUUCGACUUGGCCGCUAUGACAAGGCUGUCGAGCAUUACAAGGAACUUCUCACGUAUGUCAAGUCAGCGGUCACGCGCAACUACUCCGAGAAGUCCAUCAACAACAUGCUCGACUUCAUCGAGAAGUCCGCAGAAGACGAAGAUGCGAACCGCUGCAUGGAGAAGUUCUACUCCUUAACUCUCGAGUCGUUCCAAAGCACCAACAACGAGCGGUUAUGGUUGAAGACGAACAUCAAGCUUGCUCGGCUGUGGCUGGACCGCAAGGAGUAUCGCCAGUUGACUGAAAAGGUCAGGGAGCUUCACAAAGCAUGUCAACGGGAAGACGGCACCGAUGACCCCAGCAAGGGUACCUAUUCUUUGGAAGUGUACGCGCUAGAGAUCCUUAUGUACGCUGAGACGAGGAACAACAAGCGGCUGAAGGCACUCUAUCAGCGUGCCCUCAAGGUCCGCUCUGCGGUUCCGCAUCCCAAAAUCAUGGGUAUCAUCCGAGAGUGCGGAGGCAAGAUGCACAUGAGUGAAGAGAAUUGGAAAGAGGCUCAGAGCGACUUCUUCGAGAGCUUCCGCAACUACGACGAAGCGGGUUCCUUGCAGCGAAUCCAGGUUCUGAAGUAUCUUGUGCUCACAACCAUGCUCAUGGGAUCCGACAUCAACCCGUUCGACUCCCAGGAGACCAAGCCGUACAAGAAUGAUCCGCGAAUUGCCGCCAUGACGGACUUGGUGGACGCGUACCAGCGAGAGGACAUUCACAGCUACGAGAAGAUACUCCAAAACAACAAGGACCUGCUAGCCGACCCCUUCAUUGCAGAGAACAUCGAUGAGGUCACUCGAAACAUGCGGACAAAAGCAGUCCUGAAGCUUGUUGCGCCAUACACGCGGUUCACGUUAAGCUUCAUCUCAAAGCAGCUCAAGAUCACGCCCCUGGAGGUACAAGACAUCGUCAGCUUCCUGAUCGUGGACAAGAAGCUGCGCGGCAGGAUCGACCAGAGCAGCGGGACCGUGCAGAUCGAGAGCGUCUCGGAUAACGAUCGGAUCCGCGCCAUGCAGGACUGGAGCAGCGCCAUUGGGUCGCUGUGGGCGACAGUGCUGAACGAGGGCGAGGGCUUCAAGUCAGAAGAGGGUACGCAACUCCUUGGAGGCGGCGGCGGCGGCGGGCCUGGGCAGGGAGACUUUGGCGGACCGAUGCAGCCCGGCAGAGGCGCGAAUGGGUAUGGCGCGAAGCUGAGAAGUGGAGGGAAAGGCAAGGGUUCGUCAGGACGGCCGCCGGGAGCUGGAUCCGCCUUGGGCAGAUAA